AACUGAAAGAAAAUAAAAAAAUAAGCAUUUUAUGACCUCAAAUUCUGGAGGCUACAUUUUUUCAGAUGACAUUUACAAAAACACCAUAUUAAUCUGCAAAAAUUAUUAAAACGGAGUUAUUUUAACCUAAUUUGUAUAUUUUGGCAUAUGAAAGAGAUAAGUAAAACAGGGAUAGAUUCCUUCGGCUGAGGAGUUACAAAAGCGAAACAUCCAGGUUCCUUCCUCGAUGUGCGGGUUAUGCAGCAACAUCGUGGAAACAUCAAACCACAUCCUCACAUCAUGUCCUUUUGCGGAAGACACAAUUAACAGGGUGCUUUUCUGGUAUGGCAUUCCUGCCAAACAAUUUUCUGGAGUUACAGACGUUUUAGAUUUUGCCCGGAAUUGGGGUCAUUGCCCAAAAAAGAAAGAGAUAUUGCUUUAUAUUCUAUAUGGAACAUUAUGGAGUAUCUGGAAUGAACGAAAUGACAGGAUAUUCAAAGGAAUGAAUUCGACACCGGUGAAGACUGUGGACUUUAUUAAAUCAAUGGUUUUUAGCUGGCAGAAAUAUAGGAAGCGCAAAGGUGAUGUUAUCGUGUGGGAGAAGUGGUGUAUGUCAUUUAUUAGUUGUAUAUAGUUGGUGGUCUGUUCUUUUUGUUAUGCCCCUACGUAAGAUGUUUGUUUUAAUAUAAUUACCGGUUAAAAAAAAAAGUAAAAUUAAUCUGAUUUAUCUUUUUAAAAUAUGAUAUUGAUAGUAAUAAAAACCAACAAAAUUAAAGUAACACCAGACUUAUUAAUUUCUUUUCUUGGCAUUUAAUGCACAUUAAGUUACUUCUAAAAAGGAUUUUGCAAUGAACUUUUGACGCAAAUAAGCAAAGUAGUAGUUGUACUAUUUCCUAUAAAGAAACAUGUUUUAUGCAUUAUUAAGUUGUACCUUGCACUCCACCGUUUACCCUGUUUCUUUAUUCUUUGAUUAAAUCCGGGAAACCAAGAACCCAUCCACCGCCGUCAACCACCGCCGGGAAAUCAAGAACACCCACAACCACCAAAAAUGUCAAUUUUCAGAAUCGUACCAUCAAAUAUCAAAGACUUGUGCUUAAUCAUCUCAAGUUUGUCACUGUUCUACCUCCUCUCGCAUCCGCUCACCACCCCAAUCCCUACCACCCCCACCGCUAUCUCCGUCGUAACACCUCCUCCCACCACCAUCCGCCACAUCCUCUUUUCCAUCGCAUCUUCUCACAAAUCAUACAAUAAUCGAAAACCCUACCUUCGUCUCUGGUACAAACCUAAUUCCACAAACGCAAUCGUCUUUCUGGACCGCCCGGUAACCGAUUCCAACUCCGAUUCCGAUCUACCUCCUGUAAUUAUCUCCGGCGACACGUCACGGUUCCCCUACACCUUCCCGCGCGGACUCCGGUCGGCAAUUCGUGUCGCGCGGAUCGUAAAAGAAGCGGUGGAAUCGAAUGAAUCGGAGGAUAUUCGGUGGUACGUUUUUGGGGACGACGAUACGGUGUUUUUCACGGAGAAUUUAAUUAGGGUUCUGGCGAAAUACGAUCAUGAACGUUGGUUUUACAUCGGAAGUAUGUCGGAAAGCUACGAACAGAACUUUCAGCAUUCGUUUAAUAUGGCGUUCGGCGGCGGUGGAUUUGCGAUCAGCAGAUCGUUGGGUAGGGUUUUGGCGAGGGUUUUGGAUUCGUGUUUGAUGAGGUAUCCCCAUUUGUACGGAAGCGAUUCUAGGGUUUAUUCAUGCUUGGUGGAGCUUGGUGUUGAGUUAACCCAUGAACCAGGGUUUCAUCAGGUGGACAUUCGAGGCAACAUGUUCGGGAUCCUUGCGGCACAUCCACUAUCACCAUUAUUAUCCCUCCACCACCUCGACCUCGUAGAUCCCAUCUUUCCCGGUUUGACCAAGCUCGAAGCGGUCAAACGUCUUUUCGAACCUGUAAAACACGAUCCCGCUCGGAUCCUUCAACAAACCGUGUGCUAUGAUCCUUCCAACUCAAUCACGGUAUCGGUUUCUUGGGGCUAUGUGGUUCAAGUGUUUGAAGGGAAUCAAUUCCUUCCAGAUUUGAUUCAAAUUCAAAAGACAUUUGGAUCAUGGAGGAGAAAAGAAAAUGCUUUUUCGAGACUUCAUAUGUUUAAUACACGAGAUUAUAAAGAUGUGUGUAAAGGUCCGGAUACGUUUUUCUUGGAAGGUGUUGUUUAUGAUACGGAUAAGUUUCAUAGUUUGUAUAAAAGAAAUGUGUCGGUGAAUUGCUCGAGAAGUAAUGCGAUACGGGAUUUGAUUGAUAUCAAGGUUUUCUCGAGAAAACUCGAUGCAGAGAGCCAAGAGGUGACCACACCCCGUCGUCAAUGUUGUGAAAUCUUACCGCCUUACAACGAAACCAUGGUUAUUGCUUUGCGGCGAUGUGAAAAAGAUGAAUUAAUUGCGAUGUAUAAAUAAGGUUCUUUUAUAUCAUGGGACUUAAUGGCAAGGCAUCCUCUCAAUUGCCUACUUCAAAAUACAAGUGGGACAAAAAGACGUGAAUGUCCUUCUUAUUCAGGAUCACUAUGAAUGCGCUUUUAGAGGCCUUGGUUACGAAAAAUGAGCAUUCGAGCUCUUGUUGUAAUACAAAAGCAGAGUGGAUUACAGUAUAGGUUAGUUAUCAAAAUUUCAUAUAUAAUAAUGUAUACAAGGCUAUUGGUAGAUUUAUUAGGAUAUUGUAACAUUAGCUAAUGUGAAACAAAAAGCUGUAUUAUGUAAAAGUUUUGGUCAAAUACAGAAUUACAGCAGAUUAGCUUAUUAGGUGUCUGUAUUUUAUUGUGAUAUACUCUUGUGUACGACUGAUCUCUAUCCAACAAUAAACUUUAAAAGAACAAUAUAAG